CGACAAAAACGUGCCGUUCUUUCCUUCCGCCUCGUGGACUAGCUGAUAUAAAACCUUUCUGCUGUCAAUUCAAUUUAUUUUUCUUUCAUUCUCGGUUCACUUCUCUAAAUUCUCAUCUCCCUCUCUCUCUCUCUCUCUCUCUCUCUCUCUCGUUCAAACGUAUUUUUCACUGAUGGCUUCUUCUUCUUCUGCUGUUAGUUUUUUCUCUACUCAUUCACCUUCUUCACGUCUUCCUACUCUUUCCUCUUCGUUUUCCUCUCAGCUGAAACCCACUGCGGUCUCAAUUCCUUCAUAUUUGCAGAUCAGUAAGCUGUCUUUUGUGAAGUCUGACAAUAAUUCCUAUCUCUCUGUCAGAACUCUCUGUAUGCAUGAACCCCGAGCUCCUGUGGUCACCAAAGACUCGUGGAAAAACUGGAUUCUCGAAAGCGAUACUCCUGUCCUCGUUGAAUUUUUUGCUAGUUGGUGUGGACCCUGCAGGAUGGUCCAUCGUAUCAUUGAUGAAAUUGCUGUAGAAUACAAUGGGAGACUAAAAUGCUUUGUCCUAAACACAGAUACUGACUUGCCAAUUGCUGAAAACUACGAGAUUAAGGCUGUCCCGGUAGUUUUGCUGUUCAAGAAUGGGGAGAAGCGGGAGACUGUGGUUGGUACAAUGCCAAAGGAAUUCUACCUUGCUGCCAUUGAGAGGGUUCUGGGUUCUCAAACAUGAUUCAGUUCAUACAUAAUUUGAACAGGCAAUGAAACCAAGUAUAUCCUUUCCUUUCCUUCUGUAUCUUCGGUACCCUAUGAUUUGUAAUUCUCGAAUGUCAUAUCUGGGUUACCUGUAUAAACUGUAAAUAGUUGCCAGACUGUUAAAGAGUAGUAGCUAGCUUGCUCCCUUUCAUGUGUUGCUUUCCAUUUUGUUGAGAAUAGAACUGUUUUUUUUUUUCUUUUGAAAUGAAAACACUACUAGUCUA